CGUUCCUGCCGCUUACCCCGUCGUCGAUUCCACCCUGCUGCCUGCUCUCGUUCUCUGUAAUCCCACCUUUCACCCCAAGCAACCACCACCAUGGAUAAAGCUGACCUCGAGACAUACCAAGUACAACUUUCGCAAGUCGAGCUUGCACUCCAGGCAGACCCGACUAACACCGAAUUAUCAUCGCUCAGAGAGGAACUGAAAGAGCUCAUUAACCUGACGCAGGCGGCGAUCGCGCAAGCGGAGGCGUCUGCAUCCUCCAAGUCCGAGUCGCGAAAGCACGCGCACGCGAGCUCGAGUGCGCAUGUGUGGAGUGCCGGCGACGAGUGUCUGGGGAAGUACUCUGGCGACGGCCAGUGGUACCCUGCCAAGGUCAUUUCCGUUGGCGGGUCAGCCGAGAAGCGGGUGUACAGCAUUGUGUUCAAGGGGUACAACAACACGGAGCUUGUGGAGGGCUCGUCCCUCAAGCCCCUGCCUCCAAACUACAACUCUGCCGGCCCGUCUUCGUCCUCGCUGAAGCGGAAGCUGACGAAAGCGGAGGAGGAGGAGAAGGAAAAGAAGAAGAAGAAGAACGAGAAGAAGCUCGAGGCGAAGGCUGCGAAGGCGAAGGAGCAGAUGCAGAAACAGCAGACCUGGCAGAAGUUUGCCAAGAAGGCGGAGAAGAAGGGCAUCAAUAUCGCUGGUGUCAGUGGCACUAGUAUAUUCAAGACGCCAGACAACCCUCUCGGUAAAGUCGGCGUCACUGGGAGUGGCAAGGGCAUGACGCCGGUGCAUCUGCAAGGCAAACACAAGUUCCAACCUACCAGCAGUACUGAUUGAACCGGAGUAAUAUGGAUUUCGGCUCUCCACUUCCGCCAAUCAUCAGUAACCGCCUCCAACCGACGUGCUCAUCGGGAUGCCAGUGAACCGAUCGCAAGAUAGUACCACAUACGUGACCCUUUCUCCUCUUCAACACUACAUGCGGUCCCUCAUCUCCUCCUUUCAUGUUACCCGUGCUUUUCUAGAUAUCUAUACGGGGGGCAAGCGGCGGGAGAGGCAAUGCAUCUGCGUCUGGGCCGACGCUUUCGUACGUUCCAUCGGUGUAUUUCCUGACAUAUCCCGAGACUCACAUGUACCACCUGCGAAAUACUAUUGUGCAAUAUCCUACGUGCGCCUUGGCUUCAUGCCAUACUGCGUUAUUUCAUGCGAUGCGGAGUGCAUAUAGUGACUUUCCUUUGAUCCCAGAAAU